UAAUUUAAUUCAAAUUUAUAAUAUAAUAUAAUAUAACAAACCAGGCGACGAUUUUUUUAUCAAAUCUUCUCUCGACGCGUUGAUCAUAUGACCGAUUCACUAACGUAACAUUUCGACAGCAUUAUACGAUAAUAAUAAUAUUAUUAUUAUUAUUAUUAUUAUCAUUUUAUUCUGUUAGUAUCUGUUUUGUUAUACAGCGUACUCGUGGUCAAUAACGUAUUCCUACUACAUAGACGUUAUGUUGCCACGGGUUCUAGUGACUAUUCAGGUAUUGCUCGCCGUGACGUUGGCCGAAAUCUUAAAACCCACCUGGCACCAGUAUUAUUAUCCGAGACACCAUGCUUACAGUAUACGGUAUUUUGAAAAGCUGGCUUCGAUGCGAGAGAACUUCCAGAAAGGCAUACCAUAUAACAAAUGGGGAUUUUACAACCGAAUAGACACUGCGUCUGCGACGGAGAGCAAGAAACGAAGGCUGCGAAUCGGUAGUGGAUGGUGGAAACUAGUACCGCCGACGGGAGCCGAGAUCAAUUGUGAAUUUCCGAGUACUGUGCCGGUGAUAUCCAACAUCGUGUGGGAACGAGUGGACCCGGGAAAAGCGGACAAGGAGAUGGCUAUGAGGCGAAUGGGUGAGGUGCAGACAUACGACAUGCACCUGAGGCCUAAAGGCAGCACUCUGCAUUUCCAUGACGUAACGCCACUGGACAAGGGCCUUUACAGGUGUCUAGCGUCGUCCGUGGACAGGCUGACGGGUGAACCGCAGACAGUGUUUCAGGACACGGACUUCUAUCCGGAUGUGGUCUGAGUUGAGCGUGCCUGCUGAUCAACCCCGAAAACAACGACAACCGACGGCGGCCGCAGAUGUUGUAAGCGAGGGGUGAGACUGACAGCGGAACUCAAGCCUUAAUAAUAUAAUUUAAGAUCCCGUCUUAUUAUCGCAUACCUCUGCAUUAUUUGUACUGUUGUUGUUAUUAUUAUUAUUAUCAUUAUGUAUUAUGUAUUAUUAUUAUUAUUAUUAUUAUUAUUAAUAUCUUCGUCGUCAUUACCAAAUAAUAUUCACGGGCUGAUGUAGUAAUCAAAAAGUACAGAGAAGCCAGACUUUAGAUGUACACCUGAUGUGAUACGUAUAAUUUUGUAUAAUCUUAGUUCUAAAAAAGUCAUAGGCCACUAAUACAUAUAUUGGCACUAUUAGAAAUGAAAUUAUAUUAUUUACCUUUCUGUAUACACAGAUGUGGUAUAAGUAUUUUAUCUAGAUAAUGUCAUCUAAUUGUAAAAGCACGAAAAGUGCAUUUAUGAGGUUAUAUUAUAAUAAUAUAAUCUGUGGAUUUCGCUCACAUAGUCCUCCAAACUUUACUCGCACCUUUGAAUACUGUAAUAUCGUCUACUCGUGAAUUAUUAUAUUAUGUGUGUUGGACGUUUAAAUAAUAGUUUCUGUUCAAUAAUCACGUCGACGCGUUAAUCUGAUUGUUUUACGGAUCAAACGCGAUCGCGUGGUUUGUAAAAAAUGUCGAAGCUAUCCGUCACGCAAACAGUUUAAUUUUUAGAUAAUAAUAAAUUAUGAUGCGCAAAAC